CAUGAGGCUCAGGUGUGACUUCUCCUCUCCUCCUGGCCGCCACGUCACACCACGACGCUUCACCUCCACCGAGAAGACGGCGGCCGACGUGCCACAAAUAGACUGUUUGCUGGAUAAACAUGAAGGUUCCGGCGGAGGAGUUGAUGAGUGACAUUCUGAAGCGUCUGACCGGCGAGUCUGCGCUGCCCACUUACAACAACAUCCAGAAGUUCAAACGCAGCAAGGAUGGCGUCUACGUGGUGGCGGAGGACUUCCACGAAACUGUGAAGAAAAGGGAGCAAGUCAACGCCAAAGAACGGCUGAGGAUUAGGAACCUAAAUACCAUGUUCUCCCGCUUGAAGCGCAUGGUACCGUUGAUGCGACCAGACCGUAAGCCCAGUAAAGUAGACACUCUUAAAGCUGCAACGGAGUACAUUCGAUUGUUACUUGCAGUUCUGCAGGACACUGAUAAUACUGAUUCAAACGAAACAGACUUCCUGAAGAAUAUAAUCACUCAUGACCAGACCGAUGGCUUUGAUGGUGAUCUUUGGACGGUUGAUGACUUUCUGAAUAUUCCUGAUGACGUUGAAGAUUGUUUCACCAUGCCAUCGGACACAGGAACCGAAGACUGUGAUCUGGCCAGGCAGACGUUCCAGCAUUGUGUAAUGCCUUACCAGUUCAUCAUUCAAGUAAUGCCUGAUCAGUCUACGAUGUCCCAACCCUGAUGAAUGUUAUUUGAAGCAUAUUGGAAACAAGCCAGGAGCUGCCAUGCAAGGCGCUCACCAGGGCCCAUCAGGAGCAAGGGUGAAGUGUCUUGCUCAAGGACACAACGAACGUGACUAGGAUGGUAGAAGGUGGGGAUUGAACCAGCAACCCUCAGAUUGCUGGCACGGCCCUUUUACCAACUUCGCCACGCCGUCCCCGUAAAUUUAGGAUAUUGGACAAUGGUUAAAUCAUACGGGUAAUGCAUUUGGGCGUGAGCUUUUAAGCAGUUUUGGAGGUUUUCCUUGGUUUUUUUCUAGAGCUUUUUUUUUUUAAACUGUGGGCCUUCUGUCAUAUUCUGUCUCAUUUCAUGCCCUCCCGCCCUGCUCUGAUGUUUGUAAAAUAAAUGAUUUUGUGUUCAUUUGUCCCUAUCAUUUUGCAUAACAAUAAAAGUCCUGGGUUCGAUCCCCAGGCUCUGUGUCUUUC